AUGAGUCCCCUCCAAUUUCCUAUUGAUGCGAUCACCUCGCGAUUCGGUGACCGCUUCAACAGUGUUCGCUCCCAAUCCUUCAGCACGCGCUUUGCCAAUCUCCGUCCUGUUUCCGAGUUCCUGGAUGUCAAGCGUAUCUCAAAGCCCGCCAACUUUGGCGAGGUUCAGAGCCGAGUGAAUUACAACUUGUCUUAUUUCUCGAGCAAUUAUGCUGCCGUCUUUGUGAUGCUUAGCAUUUACAGCUUGCUGACCAACCCGAUCCUGCUCUUUGUUAUCAUCUUCGUGACAGGUGGUCUUUACGGAAUCGGCAAGCUUCAGGGCCGAGACCUCGAUCUGGGCGUUGCCCGCUUCAACACCUCUCAGCUGUACACUGGGCUACUGCUUGUCGCGGUCCCCCUAGGAUUUUGGGCCUCACCCAUUGCUACGGUGCUCUGGUUGAUCGGAGCCACCGGCGUGGCCGUCUUUGGCCAUGCCGCUUUCAUGGAUAAACCAAUCGAGAAUGCUUUUUCCGAGGAGGCGGUCUAG